AUGGUCGAUGUUCUCGACUAUCCUGCGACAUGGGCGUCACUUCCCGCCGCAUAUUCACGAUACAAGGACUCACAGAGAGAUUGGGAUGUGGGACCCGGCGGCGUAAAGAUACACAAGGGCGGUAUGAGUAUCGACGAAAUGCUGAGGCGUCAGGCCGGGAACAUUCCGCCGCAACUCGACCGCGUCUCAGACCAUUCGGAGCAUUCAGUGUCGUCGUUACAUCUGCUGGGCCGCCCUCCGUUUAGCGGGCCAUCACACGGGAAGCGUUCUGGUCACGCAAGGCCUGAACAUGAUUACGAGGGCUUUGGGGGUAGUGGCCACAAGUACGGUGAUGAUGAUGGGCACUUUGAGCACCACCUUCGAGCAUUGUUCGCGCGUGCGCUCCUGGAUGCGCUCGACUGA